AGUUACGAAGAUGAUAACUUUAUUUUGAUUUAAUGUGUCAAGUGAUUGUUUCUCUACUUAUUUGGCAAAUUGCCAUGAACUUCCGGUUUCAGAUAAAGACACACGCGGAUCUAUCGAGAAAAAAACGCGUUUAAUCAUAAAAAUAACUUGAAAAGAAAGACUUAUUUAAGAAAUUUACACUGUCUGUUACUAAAAUGUCCAAUAACGGUGCUCCGGACUCUUGGGAGAGUCAAGCCGAUUUCAUAAGUGAACAAGGCGCAAAAGAUUCGGACGAUGUGUCUGCUAAAUUUUCCACGUUGAACGUUAAUGCCGUGGAGUUCGUGCCUUCUUUUAUUAAGCCUUCACAGGCUACCGACGAUUCCGAAACCCCCACUACUCCACAAAAAUCUGAAAGUGGAUCAACAAAAUCUGUGGGAAGUCCUGUCUUAAACGGUUGCGGUGACGUUGGCGGUGAAAGCGGUGAUGGUGGAGCUGCGUCGGCUUCGCCCCGGGUGGAGGAGCCGCCUCCCGUGCCUCCCGCCGCUGGCAGCCCCGCGGCUUCGUCGGCGGCCUCAGGGACACCGGCUUCCGGCACUCCAGCCGAUGGAACCCCUGCCGUAGGAACCCCCGAUGCUCCCGCGCCUUCGGCUACUGCCGGCGCUAUACCGGUACCAACUGAUGUCUCCCCCACGGCUGACAGCUGGGAAGCUGAAGCUGAUGACGCUCUACUUACCCCUGAAGAAAACAACGAACCUGAAGAUGAAGAAAUUGAACAACAGGAGGACGGCGAAGCCACUAAGAAAAUCCCGAAGAAAAAGCCGCCACGUGUUGAAGACACUUGCAGCAAAAAAGAACACGUGAAUGUUGUAUUCAUAGGACACGUAGAUGCUGGGAAGUCUACUAUUGGUGGCCAAAUUAUGUCACUGACUGGAAUGGUGGACAAAAGGACACUUGAAAAGUACGAAAGAGAAGCGCGAGAGAAAUCCAGGGAGUCUUGGUAUUUAUCAUGGGCACUUGAUACCAAUCAAGAAGAACGUGACAAGGGUAAGACUGUUGAAGUUGGAAGAGCAUACUUUGAGACUGACAAGAAGCAUUUCACAAUCCUUGACGCUCCUGGGCAUAAAAGUUUUGUACCGAACAUGAUUGGUGGCGCAGCCCAGGCAGAUCUAGCUGUCCUGGUAAUCUCUGCUCGUAAAGGUGAAUUCGAAACGGGCUUUGAUAGAGGGGGUCAAACUCGAGAACACGCUAUGUUGGCAAAAACUGCAGGUGUCAAACAUUUAGUUGCACUUGUUAACAAGAUGGAUGACCCAACUGUGAACUGGGAUGAGAAAAGAUACAAUGAAUGUCGAGAUAAAAUCAUGCCUUACCUGAAAAAGUUGGGCUUUAAUCCAGCAAAGGAUUUGUCUUUCCUCCCGGUAUCAGGACAAACUGGACAAGGUUUACUUCAGAAAGUAACUGAAGAAAUCUGUCCAUGGUAUCGUGGUCCAUCCUUCAUUCAACUAAUUGAUGAACUUCCAUCACUCAAUCGCAAGAUGGAUGGCCCCUUCAUAAUGCCCGUAGUGGACAAAUACAAAGACAUGGGCACUGUACUCAUGGGGAAGGUGGAAGCAGGUGUUACUCGCAAGGGUGCUGCUCUAUUCCUUAUGCCAAAUAGGGUACAAGUCACUGUAGACCAGUUAUGGUCUGACGACAUUGAAGUGACAUCAAUUGGUCCUGGAGAAAAUGUAAAAGUCAAGCUCAAAGGAAUUGAGGAGGAAGAUGUGUCGCCUGGCUUCGUUCUUUGUGACACUGCCGAACCUAUCACUACUGGAAGGGUGUUCGACGCUCAAGUCGUGAUUCUUGAACACAAAUCUAUUAUCUGCGCUGGUUACUCAGCAGUUAUGCAUAUACAUUGCGCAGCAGAAGAAAUCACCGUAAAGGCGCUAAUCUGUCUGGUAGACAAAAAGACUGGCGAAAAGUCCAAGACGCGACCCCGCUUUGUGAAGCAAGAUCAAGUGGCUAUCAUGAGGAUAGAAUGCGCGGGAAUUAUAUGUUUAGAACCAUUCAAAAAAUUUGCUCAAAUGGGCAGGUUCACAUUAAGAGAUGAGAAUAAAACCAUCGCGAUUGGUAAAGUCCUGAAGGUGAUUGAGUAAAUUGGCACUACAAUUUGUAAUUUAGCUAGGAUAGGCCUUUCCAAACCUAUAUCAACAGAGAAUGCAUGUAAUAAUGUAAUCCUGAAUUUUGGGAUCUGUAUCCUGUGAGAGCUCGAGUGUAUUGCUUCAUCAUGAUCACUAAAUAAAUCAUUUCGCAUUUUCUCAAUAGCAUAGAACAGCUAGGUUUUAUGUAAUAUUAUUUAUGGCUGGUUGCAUCAGAUAACUAAAUGUUAAUAUUAAUAAUUGGAUAUUGUUUUCUCAGAAUCUUAUAUUUCUUAUUUAUUUGCAGACAGAAUUAAAUCAUUAAUCGUAAAACAACAAGAACCAGCCAUCUUUAAAAAAUACGCGAUCACUUUUACAAAUAUGUAACAUGUGUUUUAUGCAACCGGCUGUAAGUCUCAACCAUAAAGCAACACAACACUUACUGAAUUCGUCACGAUGCUCUUACGUUUGUUAAUGUUACUUAUCAUUCAAGUGAAUUUUACUUUAAUGUUUAAGCUCUAAUUUAUAACAGUGUCGUAGCCAAUUCUUGAAUGCGGCUUUUGAAAUUCCUACCCAUAAACGCGAACCUAACAGAGAUUUGUAGUGGUUAUUUUUUGCUCAUUCUAAAUAAAGAUAGCACUUUUGUCAAUACAAACACGUUACAAUUGCCUACGCGAUACCAUAUAAUGCUUAAAAUAGAAUUCGGCUGCGACAUGCAACAUCUUGUUGCAUAUUCUUACUGGUUGCAUAUUUACUUUUUAAAUAUACUGUCUUCUGACCUACCCGGAACAUAUUUUAGGAACGUAUUUAAUAUUUCAUAAAUGUAUGGUGUGCAUUUUGAUAUUGUUAACAUCCUGCCUCGGGGUUUAUUUGUAACCCUAAAUUAUUCGUCCAUUCCCCACGAGCAUCGCGUAGAAUUUUAGUAUUCAAAUGCUUGGAACUUUUGUGAGUUAUUAUAAUGGAUAAUGAAAUACUAUAUAUUUUUUUCAUUAUAAGCCGCAAUUAUUUCUGUAUACUACUUCUAUUAUCAUGAGCGUGGUGAUUUUCGAUGGAAAAGGCUCUCAUGUAAAUUGUUUAAUUGAUCAUCCCACUAAAUGCUAGGAAAGAGUUGUCAGCAAUUUUAGUGAUUCGCUUUUAAAUACCUACUGAACAUUAAGUCGAACUAGAUAAUUAUAUUUUCAAUAUAACACUGAGUUUGCUUUUGAUGUGGUGAUCACUAAAGCGUCUCACACACGAAGAUAAUAUAAAAUAUGGAAUAAAGGUAAUUCACACAAAUAAAGCUACACAUAAAGCUGAAUUAACACAUUUUUUUACAGUGAUACAACAGUAUCACUUAUAAAAGCAAAAUAGUGUAAAAUAGAACUUCACGAAAAUAAUAUGUGUCUUCAACAGAAACAAGGUAGUUAAAUAUAUUGAAAUGUAAAUGUAAUUAUCAUUUUCACAUGACAUAUGCUAAAGCGUUGUUAUUAGCGUAUUAUUAUAACCAACGUCACGUAAAUCGCUAGCCGCUACCAGGAACCUUUGUUACUGGCUUCAAUUUUAUAUAAAUGCUGUUUUAUUUUUUCGGUCAUGUACUUUCUAACAAUUUUAGGUAUUUAUAAACUACAUAAUUCAGUUUAGUGUUCUAAUAAAUUGUAAUGUGACCAAUAUUUAAUUUUUAACAUAAUAUAUUCUAUAGUAUCUUCAUGUUGUGUGAGGCGCACAUAUUUACUACAUUGAUUAUAAUAUUCUCUCAUAUUAUGGAUUAUAAUAUUGUUUUCUAUUACAAAACUAAAUUAUGUUUUAUUUGAAAAAUUGCUAUAAUCAGUACUUCAUUCUUUAUACUAUUUUCAUGUCAGUUGAAGCUAAACUUAAAUACUUGAGUAUAACAAUAUUAGUUUGCCUCAUCUAUUUUAAUGUUACUUAUUAUAAACCUGCAAUAUUUUUAUCUUAUUAUGAUAAUAGAUUAUUUAUUGGUUUAAUGGCCGAUGCGGGGGCGAAACAAAGAUUUCUAUUUUUAUCGAGACAGCAAUACUUGGAAUGAAAAGUGCUGUAACCGUAGAUUUAGGAUCCUACUACCGUUUUAUAGACACCUAUGAGUGACAGAAUGGGUCCAAAAAUAAACAGCUUGGGGGCCCUAUACACAACCAGUCCUAUUUUGAAAAAAAAAAGUAUUUCCUACCAUGAAAAACUAGAAACACCAAAAAUACCGGUGUCGAAGUUGAGGAAAGAAGUACAUUUAUUCACACUUAAGUCGCUCAGCUGGUGUAUUUCGAUUUUGGCUUUACUAAAAUCACUCGAUUGACCAUCUGUUUAUUAUUCUUUAUCUAUGGUGGUAACGAUGUCUUGUAUAAGAAUACGACUGAAUUUCUGCAAAAAAAUGGACAACAUUAUAUACAUAUUCCCAAAUAUAUAUUGGUAUUACACUAGAUAACUAUACACUCUACGAUAAAAUACUUGGAAACGCCCGCAUUUCUAAUCAUACAUAAAGUAUUAUUGUAGAAACAUUGAGAGUACUUAUGGAAAGAUAUGUAAAGGGGUUCGCUUUACGAAUAUUAUUUCUUACAACGUCGGCCCAAACUCCGAAUCGUUAUGAUAAUGUAUAUUAUGAAUUUAUAAAUUGUCAGCUUUUUUAAUAUAAUCAGAUUUACAUUUAAGGGCGUUUGUAUAAUGUCAUAUUUUGUGUAUAUCAGAACAAGAUGUGAGGCGCACGUAGUCCCCCGAGCCGGUUCACCCCAUGCUUUUGUUUUGGACAUGCUUCAGUAGAGGGAAGUAGGGCGCGGAGACGCCGUAGUGCCUUUAUGUUGCUGCGGGGGGCUGCGUGGGCGUCACCCGCGCCUCGACACCGACCGAGCACUGGCAGGCUGCGACUAUAUUAUUUUGUUUAAAAUAAAAUUUUAUUAAUACUAUGGCA